CAAAGCACCAAAUCAUUUUGAGGACUUAGAAGCUAGUUUGCCAUUUUUGUAAAGAGGACUCACUUUCGUUGUUCACCUCGUAUAUAUUUCAUUUUACGCCAACGUUUUUAUCUUCGAUUUGCUUCUCGCAAUUAUUAUUUAUACGAUAUUGCAGUCUGCGGACACUCUCAUAUUGAUCGUAUAAAUUAUUACGUCGAGUCUUCACAUAAAGCAUACUGGUUAGAGUUUAUUCUUAAACCUUUUUGUGAUUGUCGAAAUGGAGAUCAUCAUGAUAUUGGCUUCUGUUCUGUGCGUCCUGCUUCUUUCACUCGCAAAUGUAGAAGGCUUGACCGAUCUUUACCUUGGCGACCCCGAUCGCGAAAUACAUGUGGGAAGCGACAUCGAGAUCGUAUGCGACAGCGAUCUUCAGCGGUCCGCCGACAUGAAUGACGACGAGCUACGACGAAAGAUCGGAUGGCUUCGCGGAGGACCAGUAGUCGAAGACUUGGAAGUUGUAGCGAGCAGUGACAGCCGAGUCUCGAUCGAAAUGGAGUUUUUAUCGGAAAGGACAUUCGGUUUUGUGGAAGUGCGAUCGACUCUCACCAUCCGUAGGGCAGCCCUGGGAGAUUCUACUAAUUAUACAUGUUGCAAGAGGGAUACCCCCAUGUGCGAUGAGUGGGGGCGACGACAGCAGAGGCAACUACAGGUGGAAAUCCUUCCAACUCAAACUGCUUCAGAGCUUACAAUCAUGACGACGAUGACAACACCGUCGCAAGAAUGGACGACGAGAAAUCCUGUGGAACCAUCCACCAUAUCUACAACAUUCAGCGAUGAGAUCCAAGAUCAUACUGUUAUACCUAUGGUUAACGAAGCAUUCCACCAAAAACAAGGAGCUGUUUACACGAUCGCGGUAGUUGUUCCCUGUGUACUAGCCGUCGUACUAAUUACUGUUGUCGCCUUCAUCGCUCGCCACUAUUGGAGAAGAAAGAAUGUGGAAACCCCAGUACAGGUCUUCGAAGCUUGAAGUAUCUCUGUCGCAGCUCGUACAAAACUUCGCAUCAUCAUUAUGAUUACAUUCCAAGGGCGUAGCUACAUCAACAGGGAGGCAGAGGGGUGGCCGUGUGACACCCCUUCGAAAUAUUCAAUCGGCAAUGGAUGGGGUUUCAUAACUUGUCGGUAAAUAUUUAAAACAAAUGAUGGUCUUCUGUUUCCUUUUUGAGGGAAAGGUUUUUGUUGACCCCCCCCCCCCUCCCCGAAAUUUGCAUUCUACCCCCCCCCCCUCUCUCCCUUAUUAAAAUGGUAUAGCGACACCCCACUGGAAAUAAGCUUUCGAGCUUUCGUGGGUU